AGUUGACCGUAUAUUAUCAGAAAUGUCAGUACAACCGCCAAGGAAUACGCGAUUCAUUGGUCUAGCCAUUGAUGGUGGACUGCCACCAUCAGAGACCAGUGACAUCUACCAUAUGCAUGAUCCCCUUAUUGAGAGGACUUAUCCUAUAAUUAGAGGAUUUAUCGCUGGGAGGAUUCCGCCUUGGUCAUUCGCUGAUCGUCUCCGUGAAGUCGGUGUCCCCGAAUGCAUCUUCGCCACGCGUGAGUUCCAACUCCUCCUUCAACGAGAGUACGAAGUCGACUGUCUCCCCUUCAAUACGGUUCGACUGGUCCUAAAGAGGCUCAUCAAAGCAUGUAGAGAUAAACGCUUUCGCGCACGCCACGGUGAUCGAUUUGAUGAUACUAGAGAUGAAGCCACUUCGACUGAUGACAGGAUGUUCUCCCGCACCGUUUCGAAGUUGGAGGAAAGUGCAGUACAGACUGAUGGCAUGGAUUUGACGAGAGUGCAUGGUACACCACUGGAACAUCGAGUUGGACUGUCGCCAGAGAAGAGGUUGCAGUACCUUCCUCUCAAUGAACGACAGUGCUAUCUACGAGAUGAACAGCAACGGGAAACGUCGAAGGGUGGGGAUUCAGAGACGUGGACGAGGCCAAGGUCUCAACGUCAUUGAUAUGAUGACGAGGUGAUGGUAGCUGAUGAAAGUCUAAAGCAGGACGGUGUUGGUUUGGUCCGUUGAUAUCAUUUAUUAAUAGUACAUUAUCGU